AUGUAUCAAAAUCCAUCAGAAAAUUAUGAAAUACACGAAAAUAGAACCCAGCCAAAACUAUCAUCGGAUACCUUUUACAAUGGAAACAUCGCCUAUGAUGCCUUUUCCACGACAAGAGAUAAUAAUCUUAACAAUCAUCCACCUUACAUAACUGCGCCAAACGCAACUAGUAAUACCGAACAGUAUUAUUCUACUACCUCUUAUACAUCUGAAUCAACAUCUUACAUCGGUCAAGAUUUUAACGACCAACAGAACUCACCAAGUAACAUUCCCCCACAUAAUAAUCCUCCAACUCAUUCACCUGGCAUGAAUAAUGCUAGCUCUUCCCAAAUACAAACGGUUAAAAUUCUCGGUUAUGAUAUUAUUAUAAUCCCCACAUCAUCUCCGUUGGCAAGUUUAAUCAGUUUAGACGUGCAGCAUCAACUGCAACAAGUAAAUGUUUAUUCGGAUUAUUCUUCUUAUUCGGUUAAUCCACCACAAUUACAGGAUUAUACAUUUGCAAAUGGAUACGAUCCAACUUUUCAAUAUCCAUCUCACGCGCCGCAGUCGAUCGCUAGUGAUAAGAUUUACCUACCUAGCUCUCCUCAAAUACAAACGGUUGAAAUUUCCGGUUAUAAAAUUAUUAUAAUCCCCACAUCCUCUCCAUUAACAAGUUCAACCAAUUUAGACAUGAAUCAACAAUUUCAACAAGACAAUACUUACGUGGAUUAUUCUCGUUUGGUUAAUCCACCACAAAUAAUUCAACAACACUAUUUUUCUAGUGAAGGUGAAACUUCUAUUAACGAAAAUGUUAUUCACGCUCAUAUUCACGUUUCAGAUAAUACACAACCCCAAUUUCAACAACAAGACUAUUCAGGAUUAAACGAAUCGCUUAACAACUUUAACAACUUUUUUGGCUGA